GCGGGGCAGAGCGGGCCGGGCUGCGUUCCGCGGCGUGUUCCUGGAGCGCGGGAAGGCCGAGGAGCUGCAGGAGCCGCUCAGGGGCGGCCCCGGCUGGCGAGUUCCGGCACGGGGGCGCCGUUUGCCCGAGCUCCUUCCGCCGGAAGCGACGGGGGCGCGACGGAGGGGCGAGGGUGACAAAACUUCAGGAUGUCUGUGAUUCAGCAAGGGACAGCAACACUCCGGAAAGCGAAGAAAACCACUGUAAAAAUGUGUCUAGAUAACCCUUUUGUUUUCCAAUGGAAAACCAUAGAUGGAGAAGAUAUGCAUUUUAUAUUAGAGACCUUAGAAGAAAGGAUUAAACAUAUUGGACUCAAAAAGAUUGAGAGUCCAAGAAAGAAAAAACGUUCCCUUACAAAAAAACAAACAGAAAGAAAGUGUGAUGCUGGCACCAGUGAACUCUCUAAAGAGGAAACAGAAACUCAGCAACAAAAACCAGGAUGGACUGACAUAAGCAUCAGAAGACAGCUUGCUAUUGGAGUUAAUGAAGUUACAAAAGCCUUGGAAAAAAAUGAGCUGCUUCUCUUGCUGGUGUGCAAGUCUGCCAAACCUGCAAUGAUCACAUCGCACCUGAUCGAGCUGAGCGCAAGCCGCGCCACGCCGGCAGGGCAGGUGCCACGGCUCAGCGAGACCAUCGCGCCCCUGCUCGGCUUAACGUCCAUUCUAGCACUCGGCUUCAAAAAGCAGUCUGACAAAUUCACUGAAGCAAUAGCAGCAAUAAUUCCAAAGAUACCAGCUUUGGACGUGCCAUGGUUUCAGUACAGAACUGAAGAAUCCAUGACUUAUGCAGACACAGAUUCUUCAGAAAAUCUGGAGCCUGAAGAGCUGGCAGAGGUGCUGGGGGAUAAGCUUGCAAGUCAGAAGCGGAAGCAUACGGAAAGCAAUCAGCCUGAUCUUUCAAAUGUAAUUUUGCAGCCUUUGAAAAUCAAGAAACUUGUCCCAAAUCCUGAUAAGAUAAAGAAACCACCUCGCAAAAAGAAAAAAGCUUUUUCAGCAUAACUGAUUUUAGUUUGGUUCUUUCUGUUAAGCAGAUUUUUUAAAUGCAGGGUGGAGUACAGUUCUAACGGAACAAUUCUUUCAGGCUUUACAGUGUAAAGCUCUUGAAUACAAGGUGAACUUCACGUUGCAUCUGGCUGAGGUACUUUCUGCUUUAAUAAAAAAUAUUGCUCAGA